AUGACGGUGCCUUCGGCGACAAACUCGGCCAUGUCUAGCAGAACAUCUUCCGGGGUUAUUUCGCCGCCCCAAAAGGUGCGAUCAAGAGCACCGAGCAUGUCUAGCGACCGGCCGUCCACCACGGCCCACAGCUUGAUGUCUCCUCCGCUCUCAGUCUCCCCCGAGGCUGCCUUCAUUGCCGCAUCGGCCGCGUCACAGAUCGUUACCAACGACCACGACAGCCACGCCGAUGCGUGGUACGAUCAGCAUGGUUUAGAGCCGUCUGGAGAGACGGCCUCUGUCUCGCCAGCGGCCCUCCAGCUUGUCAACAACUUUCUCGACCAGCUUCUCUUCAACUUUCUGUCAGUCUCACGAGCGACAACGCUGACAGCACUGAGACCGGCCGUCUCAGAGGUCCUCAAGCCCAAACUCGCCAAAGAUGCCAUUAACCAGGCCGACGAAGAGCUCAGGGAGUACCUUGGCGGCGGCGAUGAUGAGGAUAUUGUGCCGACCAACUCCGCGCAGUCCCCGAGGGACUGGGACCUCGAGCUCGUCUGGAAGAGGACGCGACUGAGAUGCAUGGUCUACUCGUCGCUUGGCGACAUGGAGGAAGAGGACGAGGACUACCAUAUGGAGCAGGAGCACCUGGGCGGCUUUGACGACGAGCAAUUCGCCGAGACCGUCUCGCCCGCCGUGGCCAUUUUCCUGACCUCCAUCCUCGAGUUCAUGGGCGAGCAAGCGCUCAUCGUCGCCGGCCAGGCUGCGUAUCACCGCAUGCGUGCCAAGUACGAGAAGGACCUCAAGGAAGGUGCGCGGAGCCCUGCCGAGGUCGCGGAUCGCAUCGUCCUUGAAGAGCUUGAUAUGGAGCGCGUGGCGCUCGACCGCACGCUCGGCAGGCUCUGGAGGGCCUGGAAGAAGCGGAUACGGUCUCCCGCCCCGGAAAUCAGCUCCUUUGCCAGGGCCAUGUCGCGCGAUUCACUGCGGGCCUCUGCGCUGAGCCAUGCCAGACAAGGAAGCAUCAGCAUGAGUGCUGAUAAUGUGGUCCCGGAGACCGUACCCGAGAAGGCUCCGGCCCCUGAGUCUCAGUCGAGUGACACGACACAAGGAUCCGAGCCGGUGGAGGAAGAGCCACUGGAGGAGUACCUCCGAGCGGCAGCUAUCCCUAUCCCGGUAGGAGAUAGAGAAAUCGCCGAGAUACUGAUUCCCGGCCUCGCAUACUACAGCGACGACGAGGAGGAAGUGGAGGAAGAUGGCGAGCCACACUCUGUGAGGCCGAAGAGCAUGAUGAUCAUGUCGCAGACGACUUUCCAGGACCUCCCUACCCCCACCACCUCGCAACCACAUACGCCCCUUCUUGGGCCGUCUCGAAAGCGUGCCAACUCGCUUCCCACUCCGGCGUCAUCUCCUUACAAGUCCCGCUCCUUGGAUCCGAUGAAUGCCGAAGGCCCAGAACCUGAGGUGGCUGAGGAGCAGGCAGAAGAGCGUGACGAUGCUUCGCCGGCUACCAUCACGCCCGCCGAAACCCAGGCCCAACCCUUGGCUUUCAACGAAGAGUAUGAAGUCGAGGGCGCUAAGGAAAUGUCGGCUCGAGUUGUUCCUGCCAUCCAGACAGCUCACGUUGGCUCACCGGAGCGAAAGGGCGCGGGUGAUGUCGAAGAGCACACAGAGAUUCGCGCGUCCUUGGACGGCGUUGAUGACUUUGACGAGUUCGCGGAAGAGCCCCAGAUCCUCACGUCGGCUCGCGUCUCCAUGUCGGGCCGGAGCAGCUCGCCCUCUGCUUCAGAGGGCGGCAGACCCUUAUCUAUCAAUCCGCUCCUCCCCACCCGCUCGGGUAGUGUCCACUCGCUCAAAAUCAUCGAAGUCCAAAGCCCCCGCAGCCCCAACCCGAUCAACCCGAUCAGCAGGUCUCGAGGAAGCUCCUUCGAUACCACCGAACACAAGAGCGGCAACGUAUCGCGCGCUAGCAGCAUCUCCGUCAACGAGCGCAGGAAGACGGCCGAAUUGGUACCAAACGCCAGGGCCUCGAUGAUGGCUAGAAGCCCGACCAGCGAGUCGAUCUCGGAGGCUGAGGAGGUCGCCGAGCCAAUCCAGCCCCUCGCGGCAGUCGCGCCUUCUGCACCAGAGCCCGCGACGAAAGCCGCGCCCGAGUCCAAGCGCGCCCCUCGACCUGAGAGCGUUGAAGCGAGUGUGCGUGAUGCCCAGCCGAUUUUUGGUUCCGCAGCUACGCGACCAAUCUCCCCACCGCGAUCGCCCGCCAAGCCGACGACCAAGGUGACCAUCCUCAGCUCAACCACCUCCAACGGUACAUUCUUCAUCGACGAGCCGCCGCGGGUCCCGGAGAAGGCACCGAGACAAGUCAAGCCCCCCUCGCCGCCACUGCCCGAGAGGAGCUCGAGCAGGCAGUCGCCCAUCACCAAGCGUCCUGUGGAGAUCACCGCCGCCAUGGCAUUCGCUCCUCUGGAUCGCCCCAGGACUCGCAACGGCUCUCCCGACCCGACGCCCGCCGAACGCAGCUCGCCCGCAAGAUCUCUUGAGCGCCCUCCGAGCAUGCGGCCCCACCAUGGCGCCGGCUCCUCCAUCUCGUCGACGAACAAGUUCAGGAAUGUCCGCGCAUCCGAAGACAGCACGGCGAUGCGUCCGGAGGAUGUUGCUCGCAACUUUGAGGAGCUGAUCCAGAGCGACCAGACCAUUCAGUAUACGCUCACUCCCGAGAGCAUGCGGGAUAUCGAUUCCACCAGGUCCCUUCACAACGAGAGCCCCGUGGUCACGACCAAGAGCAGGAAGAGCGAGGAUGCCAAGCAGAAUUCGGACCGGUCUCGAUCGUCGUCGGUGAACAGGCCGGCUGAUGUCAAGCGGACGGCUUCUGUCUCGCGUGCUUUCGGCCUGACUUCGCACCCGGUGCCCCAGGGCCAGGCGGCUCCCAGACUCAAUGGUCCAGUACCCAGGGCGCCGCCCAACAUGCCCUCUUCUGGCCGAGCCAACGGUCCUCAGGCCAGGGAUGCCAAGGUCCCCGGCGAGUCGCUCAAGGACCUGGCAGAAUUCAUCCGGGCGACUGGUCCCACCGGUGUUGAAGCAGAGAAUCCUCGCAUGAACGGAGCCAACCGUGCCGCGCCCAGUCGCAGCGGCUCUGCGCAAUCGCCCUCGUCCCAGUCCAAGACGAGCCUUUCCUCGGCCAACCGGCCGAGAUACCAGGCUCGGGACGCCACUGUCGACUACAAAGACGACAACUCGGAUCUCAUCGACUUCAUCCGCCGCGGCCCGCCGAGCACCGCCAACAACCCUCGCAUCCCGCGCACCGUCGCGCCCUUCCGCACCACCAUGGACUCUGAUCAGCUCCAGGCCGCCGUCGGCGGCAAGGCCGUCGAUGCCACGCUGCCGCCCAUCCGCAACAGCACCGCCGCUACCAGCGUCAACACCCCCUCCGUCCAGUCCUCCAUCAACUCCUCCAGCGCCCUGCUCAAGAACUCCCAGGGCAACAACCCUGGCGGCGGCAACGCGUUCGACAGCGACAUGCCCAUGCCCCAGCGCAAGACGCGCCGCGUGCGCGACCCGUACGCCAUCGACUUCAGCGACGAGGAGGAGGCCGAGGACGAGGACGGGGACCUCUUCGAUGCGAGGCCGCCGCCCAAGAAGCCGCAGAGGCAGGAGGAGAGCCUCAUGGACUUCUUGCGCAACGUGCCGCCGCCUCCGGAGCCGGCGCCCUCGCGCCUCGAGCAGCAGAUGCGCCAGGUGCCCAAGAAGAAGGCCAGCGCGCCGAGCCUCAUCAUGGCGCGGUUCGCGCGCCGGGAGAGCGGCUCGCACGCCUCGUCGUCCGGUAAGUACGGCAGCGGCGGCGGCGAGACGAGCCCCGGUAUGCCCCCGCAGACGGCCUCGCGCUCGCUUAACAGCCGGGCCGGCACAGCGAGCGGCUCCGGCGCGCGCGGCUACGUGCCCAUCCAGGUCAACAUGCCGGCGAGCCUCGAGCGGUUCCUGCCCGGCGGCAACUCGCCGCGCGCCGCGUCGACGCCCUCGCCCUCGCUCUCGCUCUCGCAGCAUCAACAGCAGAGUCCCGGCCUCGUCCCGCCUAGCAGGUCGUCGAGCCGGACGCUCAUGAAGCGGUACGAGCCGAGGGACGCGCACGGCCCCGGGGUCCAUAGGUCGGCUACCUCGGACCUGGCGGACUUCCUUAAGAACUCGGGUCCGCCUGAGGGUUUUGCUGGCGGUGGUGGUGGCGGCCCGAUGCGCAGCCCGCGGGAGGACGAGGUCUCUGGUAACGCCGGAGGCAGCUUCUCGCGGCGCAUGUUUGGCGCGCGGAGGAAGAAGUCGAGUCUUGCUUGA